CUAAAAGACGGUUCGGAAGGUGCUUUUGUCUGGAGACAAAUGAUCAUCGCUCUUCAGCUGCGCAGUUCGCAACAUAAUUAAAUGCGAUACUAAACGUUCGCAAGUUCCUUCUGUACCGCACACGUUUUUGCCAUUCGGCACACGAGGGCUAUAUACAAGCGUCUACAGAGAAUUGCACGUUGGACAUUGCACGUGAUCUUGAAGUCGUGAAAAUAGAUUGAUCCCGCGGAAACAACAUCUGACAGGGGCAUCAGGAUUAUUCAAUAAUCAGCGGAUCACUAUGACAGUUUUACCCGUGAUACCGUUUUUCCUAGGCUAUAUCAUACAGAAUCAAAGCAAUCCUACGCCCUCGUACAUAUUCCACGUGCGGGUAGACACGUUAUUCAUCAACAAAUCAGGAACACACGAUACUGAGAACAACGCCGGCCUGGCGUUCAACCUGAAGUGUCAGCCGUAUAUGGAUCAAAAUUUAAAAUGUCACAUCCAAAAAGACAUUUUUUAUUCACCUAGCACUGACUUUGUACACAUGGUGGACAAUAACGAUUUCACGCCGUCAUGCCUUCAAUUCGACCGGAUACGUUACCGAAUGAGCUUCGAUUUUAAGGGAGUAACAAGCUAUCAAAUCUUGACGGAAAACGUGGAAAACAAGAAAACUCUGUUGGAAAUGUACCGGUUCAUCGGGGAUCAGUUGAGCGUUGGUGCUGACCUCAAAACAAGGGGCUUCGAAUUCAAUACGACGGAGGACACCAUUAUCGGAAAAUGCCCAACACUUUACAAAAUCCAUCAUGAUGUGACCCUCAAUACAAGUAAUUUCGAGCUCACCUUAAUUGCGAGACAGAAAUACAGGUUGAACAAGAACGAAUCGUUGCAUAUAAGUAAACAAAGGCGUGUGAACGAGUGCCAUCCGCAGAACGGUUAUAUUCUCGGAAGGAUCUUAUGGACCGACCUCAUUACAUCGAAAGUCACCGCGAAGCUGAAAGAAUCGGGGACUCUAAUGAUGUUUGCUCAGAACGAUUUCUACACCAAGACCAUCAAUACAUUUGAUCUCUAUAAUGAGCAAGAUAAGAGGGUUGGAUAUGUCUAUGAAACGAUGAAUGUUAGAUUGGAUUUUAUAGAGGGCUGAAGAACAUUGAUUCGUUAAAUCAAACGCUGAAGGAUACGCUCAGUGACCUCAAUUUGGCAACGAACAAAAUUACACGGAGGACAUAUUUAUAAUUCGUUUUUAAAAUAUUCUUGACAUGCGGCAUUAAACUGCAUAAGGUGUUAUAAUUAUUAUAACUACGUAAACGGUAUAUAUAUAUAUAUAUAUAUAUAUAUAUAUAUAUAUAUAUAUUUUACUCUUUUAUGUCUUUUGAUGACUUAUUACUGGCAUAGAUAACGAUAUACAGCGUUUGUUAUGUUUCUAUCUUUUCUUUAAUAAAAUUUAUAAUUUUGCCGCUCGCUAA